AUGCCGCAGAAGCGCAAGCGGCUCGAUCGAUCAUCAGGCGAAGGAGGCAGACCAUCGCCACACAAUCCAAACGACACAGCUAUUGCGCUUCACGAACAAAACGACACUAUGAACCACAUGAACCGAGGCCGAGGCCGGGGAGCGCAUCGAGGGGCCAAUCAACGGAACCCGUCGCGUGGCCACAACAAUCGUCCUCACAACAACUAUCAGCAGAACCAGAACCAGAACCAGAACCAGAACCAGGUGACCAAGCCUCCUCCUCCGCCGCCUACCUUUUCACGGCCUCCGCCUGCCUCACCUCCGCCGACCAACAUCCCUCCACCAGAAUCUACGUCGGAAAGCAGUCCUUCAGUUGGAUCAAGUUAUCGCUAUGAUAAUCUCACAGAGGAAAAGAUUCGAUCAUGGACAGAACGUGGGCGGGAGGAGAUCGUGCAACAUGGCAUACAGUCGCGAGAAGAUGUCGACAUCACAGAGCUAUCUAGUUUGUUCCAAGAGUUCAUUCACGCUGUUGUCGAGAAUCGGCUGGAAGCCACUGACGCCGGAAAAUGCGUCAAGGAGAUACUGGGAGAUGACACGGCAGAAGUUAAGGAUUCCUAUGUAGCUCCUCACACGCUACUCCUCGACUCGCUGGCCAUUGUUAUGGAUAAUGAGCCUGACUUGUAUCGCCCGGCUCUUCGUGACUUUCUCAUCGCCACCGAAGUCUCUCCUGCGCUUAUGCGACAGGUGCUAGAUGCUCCCUUGCUUCAGCAGCUUGGCCUUAUCAGGGAUACCUUUGCUAGGUUAGGUGUCAGACAGGCGACAAACCUGCUCUACCGACAGGCAAACUACAAUCUUUUACGGGAGGAGACGGAGGGAUACUCGAAGCUCGUCACUGAGCUCUUCACCACUAGCAGCAUACCAUCACCCUCACCCGAACUUGCAGAGCAAACGUUUGAGAGGGUCAAGGCUUUGAUUGGAACUUUCGAUUUGGACGUUGGCCGAGUCCUUGACGUCACUCUCGAUGUUGCUGCUGCCGUUCUGAUUAAACAGUUCAAGUUUUUCGUCAAGUUUCUGCGAAUUAGUUCUUGGUGGCCACGCUCGCAUCUCAUCCUUGGCUCUACAGUCCACACCGGCGGCCUGCCGACCUGGGCUCAGCCAGACUAUCCUCACUGGAAUACAACCGAAGAGGAUGAAGAAAUCAACGUACAGCAGAGACUUGCUCGAGACACUGCAUUCUGGGAUCGAGCACGCGAGGUCCAUUUGGCAGCGUUUUUCGAACUUGGCGGGCGGGGAACAUCCAACUUGACGUCCUACCGACCCAAGCUCACCAACGGCAACGCCAGCGAAUCGGUUGCUGAUAUUGAGCAGCAGUGGAUUGAACAGACCAAGACCCUCCCACCGCCAGGCAAUAAGGUUGCUGCGCAGCUCCUUGGAUUCAAGUUGCUCUUCUACAACAGCGAUCUAAGGGACAAGACUGACGUCCUCCCUGCUAACUUGCUCUAUCUGGCGGCUCUCCUCAUCAAAGUCGGCUUCAUCUCACUCACCGACCUCUACCCUCAUCUCUCACCCCCUGAUGAGGAGAUGGAGCGUGUUCGCGAGGAGCAAACAAAACUUAUUGAAGAGGAAGAAAAGGCAUCGCGCGGUGGUCCUAUGAACGCCCUGCUCAUGGCUGGCGUCCUUCCCCAAGGCGACGACGAUAACCCUGUACAAUCCAAUGUCCCCAGACGAGAGCCUCUGAAGAAGGCCGAGCCUGAGCAGAAGCAACCUACCACCGAAGCCACCGAGGACAAAAAGAGCCUUCCGGAGCCGUUGGAGCAAAAAGUGAGACUGCUUAUUCAACUUUUAACAAUUGGUGCUAUUCCAGAAUCCUUGUUUAUUCUUGGAAAGUUCCCUUGGAUUCCAGAGGUAUUCCCUGAAGUCCUAUCCCGCAUUCAUCGCAUACUGCACGUCUCCAUGGAGAAGGUCUUCAACGACAGCCGCCCAAAACCUUUUGGCGGAGCCGACUGUCCAACCAAGGAAAUAUUUUCGGCAGACCAGAGUGGUGUUGCCAAGGGGAGCGUUCGGCUCGUCAGGCUGCCCGUGAAGAAAAUCUGGCGUUGGCCAUUUCCUGACAAGUGGGACACAAGUGAGAGUCAGAACUAUCGAUUCUACUGGGAUGAAUGGGCCGAUAAUAUCCCAGUUUGUCAAACCGUGGAUGAUAUCUUCACGCUGUGCAACACUUUCCUCAACAUCUCUGGUGUCAGCAUCGGGAAGGACGAGACUUUGCUUUCCAAGUUGGCUAGCAUUGGAGCUAAAAGCCUGUCCGAGGAUACUUCCGAGUCGAAUUAUGCCCGAUGGCAUGAUCUCCUUCGCAGGCUUCUCGUGCCGGCUCUCAGCCAUACCAAGGCCAAUGUCUCCGUCGUAAACGCAGUUUGGGAGUUACUCCGCCGGUACCCGCUGACAACACGAUACUCUAUUUACGCGGAAUGGUUUGAAGGGCAGAUAUCCCGUCUACCCGCUAUGCGAGCCGCAUUUGCUCGUGCCACUGCAGAGACGCGAGGAACUAUGAAGCGACUCUCGCUCACCAACAUAAGCGAGAUGGCUAAGCAGUUGGCCAAAACAAGCUAUUCCUCUCCAGGAGUCGUCUUUCGAGUUGCGUUUGAGCAGCUUGAGUCAUACCCCAAUUUGAUCGAAGGCUUCGUCGAAUGCGCCAAAUACUUCACCGACCUCUCUUAUGACGUUCUCGUCUGGUCUCUGAUGAACUCUCUCGGCAAAUCUCGAAGCCGCACCCAGGCCGACCACGCGCUCACGACUAGCAAAUGGCUUCAAGCGCUAUCCAGGUUCUCCGGUAAAAUCUUCAAACGCUAUUCGGCCAUCAAUCCUAUCCCGGUUCUUCAAUACGUCAAUGACCAACUUCAACGCGGCAAUUCCACGGAUUUGAUCAUUUUGAAAGAAUUUAUUAAUUCCAUGGGCGGUAUUGUCGACUCAGUAGACUUUACUGAUGCCCAGAUCUUAUCCAUGGCUGGUGGAGAUCGAUUGCGACGCCAUACACUGAUCCGAGGUCAGGAUAAGCGCUUUGACAGUGUUAGGAGCUCCAAGCGACUUAUACAGGCGCUCACCGACUCAAAGCUUGCCGCCAGAGUGCUUCUCAACCUUGCACAGUACCGUCAGUCCGCGAUAUACCAGGUACCCGAAGACGAAGCACACAUCAAGUACUUGUCAGCCCUGGUAGAUGAUUCUCACCAGAUUCUAAUACAAUACCUCGACUUCAUCUGGAGCAAUCUUGAGCCUUCGGCUUUUGAUGCCCUGGUCCCCUCCAUAAAUGAGCUGAUUCUUUCCUAUGGCUUGGAUACAAGUAUUGCUUUCUUGAUUGGAAGAUCUAGCCUUUCUCACCGAUUAUACCCCUGGGGCCAAAGGGAAGCGGAAAGUUCAAAGGAGAAUACACAGACUACGCAACAGGAAGCUACUGACAAGGAGGGAGACAUUUCCAUGGGCGACGAAUCCAAGGACAAAUCGGGUCUGGCCGUUUCCACAAACGAUGAGCAGGUGGGAAUUGAUGACCCUUCAUCUGGCCCGCGUUCCACAGCUGAUACAAAACAAAAGCAGAAAUUCGACGAUUUGGCUUUGACGCUCUCACCUCUGCAACCCAUUGUCGAGGCUGUAAAAGAGACUGUACGACCAGAGGUCUGGCAAAAGAUCAACCCGGAACUUUAUGCGGUCUUCUGGGCUCUGCAGCUCGGCGAUCUCUUUUGUCCCGAGGACAUGUACAAAGAAGAGAAAGACCGGCUGGAGAGCGAAGGUCAAGCCAUCCUGAGGGACCGAUCGGAUAUGUCUCGUAGAGGCCAAGAGCGAAAGAAUGAAAAGAGACAGGAACUCUUGAAACAGCAGCUCAGUCUCUCCAUGGAGCUCAAGGAACACCGCCUACGUAAAACCAAGUGGAUGGACUGCUUGACUGAACAGUUCCAGUCGAUAUCCCCCGACCCCAAGAUCAAGACCGAUAGCCUUUCUGACAUUCUUCUGGAGCAAUGCUUCCUUCCCAGGGCCUUGCUCUCCCCGGCGGAUGCUGAAUACACCUACAAGUUCAUCUUGGCGUUGCACGAACUGAGGGCGCCCAACUUCAAGCUCAUGUCCCUCUAUGACCGGCUCUUUAACGCUAACCGGUUACGAUCUCUGAUCUUUACAAGCUCCGUCAGAGAGGCCGAGUACCUUGGGCGAUUCAUAACUUUGAUACUUCGGGACCUCUCCAGGUGGCAUAAGAAUGAGACGACUGAGAAGGGUAGGCCGAGCAAGGAUCAGCCUCGCUUAGGUGCAUUCGAUAAAGAGGGCAAAGGGCCUAGUGACCGGCCAUAUCUUGGAUUCGCUGUCAGUCUCAAGGAGGACGGGGAGCCGGAUACUUUGAUGGAGCAUGCUCAGUUCAAAGAUCUCCUGUUCCGUUGGCAUAAGAACUUGAAUACAGCGCUCAAAAGUUGUUUGGCUGGGACGGAGUGGAUGCACAUCAGAAACGCUCUUACCGUUCUCAAGGCCGUCUUGGAUUACUUCCCCGCCAUUGAUUUCAUGGCUACCCAAUUCACAACACAACUUCAAAAGAUUACCAAACAAGAGGCUGCAUCCAAGACAGCAGCUGAGAACGAGGAGGGCCACAGAGUGGAUCUAUCUGUAGCUGCCCAAGGAGCCAUGUCGGAGCUGCAAAAACGAAAAUCGAAAUGGGUCAUGGUUCAGGCUUUCCGGCCCAAUGCGGGCGGCGCUUCUCAAUCCGAAGCUGACAAGUCAUCAAACCUUCGUGCUACAGCCCCAGACUUUCAGCCACAGCCAUCGAGAUCACCAGCCAACAGACAGGGUACGGCAGAAAGAGAGGACGGAGAGGUUCAAGAUGGAAAGAGCCAGUCCACUUCUGCCACAUCAAAGGACUCUUUACCUGCUAAGCCAUCCGGCCCCAAAAGAGACGUUUCCAUGUCUCGGGAAGAUGUGUCUGGACCUCCUCGAUCAGCUACCCCAAUGGGCAGCCAAGGGCAAGGCUCUCUUGGCCCUAGAAAUGAUACUCGCCCUCAUGUACUGCCUGAUAGGCCUGCACACAACCUUCCUACGCGGCCAGAUGUUCCUAUACCGAGCCACUUCACCCCUGAACGGUACGCGCAGAACCGAGGUCAUGACCGUCGAGAUAUGAGAGAGAGAGACGGCCACAGGCAGCGUGAUGGUCGAGACCCACGAGAGUCCUGGGAGAACCGUGAUCCUAGGGAGGGCAAAGAUCAUCGUGAUGCGAGGGACCCCCGCGAUUCCCGAUCUAUGGAAGCGGAUAGACCAGACCGUUCUCGUGAAUACAUGGACCGUCGUGGAAAUGAAAUGACACCCCGAGAUGUUGGGCCGACGGAUCUCCCACCUCGACCAAGACAACAGGAACGGGAUUGGCAGAGAGAUUCCUGGGCAAACAGAUCGCAAGAUAGAUUGAACGAUACAUCUUCUCAGAUCCCCACAGCUCCGUCCGGCCCGGCUGAGACAUCUGAGCCAACCAUGAAUCCGCAGAGGGCGGCGCUGUUUGCUCAAGAUGAUGCGGAUCGAACACGACGAGGUCCGGAGCCUGAUCGGGGAGCGCGUGGCCGACGACCCGGGCCACAAGAUUCGAUGGAGUCGAUCAAUCCUGAACGGGCCGCAUUGAUAGAUGACCGUGAUGAAGUUGCACACGGGCGCGUGAGGGAUGAUGGACGAGAGAGAGGGCCUAGAACUCAGUCUCCUCGGCGUGCUGGUGGACGAUACGGUCACGAGCAUGGGCCACCAUCCGGACCAUACGAAGACAGACACGGGCAUCCCUUCCAACAAGAUAAUCGAAAUGCUGGAAGAAAUGCCCGCGAUCGCUCACCAGCCGGUGGAGAGAAUUAUCGCGGCAAUAAGGGGAUGGAGCGCGAAGGCGAUAGAGCCCACAUGGAUAAAAUGCGGGAUACAUCUUCUUCAGGCUUCCACAGAUCAUCAAUGGGGCAAGACGUUGACCACAGGCCGCCCUAUCAAGACCAAAACUACGGACGGCUCAACCCGGUGCCCACGAGUACUCCGGAUAUCCCACUGGGUCCGCGGGGACGAGGACGAGGUGCUACGAGAAACAACCAGCCAGGGGGCCCGCCUGUGAUGUCAAAUAGGCCAGACAGUCGAUACGGAGCGCCUGAGGCGGCUCGGGCGCCUUCGCAAGAAAGACAUCCUCCUUCAGGCCCUGCAUCUGGACGAGGCCGCCGUGGUGGCUAUGAGCACAACAAUGCCAACAAUAAUAAUGGGCCAGCGACUUCCUCGGUUCCUCCGGUCGGGCCGCAUCCUGAUAGGAUGAGGAACUUUGGCGGUUCCGCACAGGAGAAUACGUCCCCUGCUCAAGGCAGCAACACAGCGGCUCCGUCUGGGGUUCACCCUGAUCGGCUUGCUCAAAUGGGCGGCCCUGGACCCAACGCUCCGCCUCCACCACCUCCUCCCCCAGGCCCUCCGCCAUAUGGGCAUGGGAGCGGACACGCCCGCCACUCCAUGUCUACCUCUGGAAACUCGGAGCGGUCAGGACCCAGGAUUUCAUCGGGAUCUCUUCCAAUGGAGCCUGCGGUGCCUACUGGCCCUGCUUCUAGUGGUGACAGAUCUUCGAGGUCGGGCGGUGGAAGAAGACAGCUGGCAGGCAUUAACAGUAUGCUCCAGCAGGCGCAGGCCGCCAUGCCGAACGAAGGACGGCCCAGCGGUCCUCGUGUUAACCCUCCCAGACAAAUGCUCGGCCACUCAGACGUCCAAGUUUUGGCUGGGGGAGACGUCAUGCCCCCUACACCUGACCGUCCAGAUGCGCAGUGGCACGACUCACAAGCCCGAAGCGGUGCCCCGAAUGGAGAAGAUGGAUCAGGACGUGGAGAGCACGAACGGGGCCGACGGGACCGUGGUGACGGCCGAAACGACCGCUCCAAGCGGUCAUCUCGUCGAAGCAGUCGAGAGCGCGAGAGAGAAGGCAAAGAGCACAACGAGCACCGAGAGAGACGGACUAUGGGAAGUGCUGUUGAGGGCGGGGCUCGAGAAGAUAGAGACGCUCGCAGGUCGAACCGAGACGGCAGUUCUCGGGAUGCAACAGCAACGCCGAGCGGCGGCCGAGAGUCGCGACACAGGGGCGAAGGUGGGCUAGGAAACAGAGGAGGGGACGAAAGGAGUGGCAAUAGAGCCAACCGAGGAAAUCCGAGAGACGGAACACAGCGUACAGAUGAGCAGCGGAGGGAACAUAGGGAUGACCGAGGACGCAAGAGGAGAGGUGAAGAAGCCGAUGGAGCCUUGUCGAGCGACCGCGAGAAGCGACCGCGACGGUAA